AUCGACCAUAUGAUCGAUGUGUCAAACUGUCAUCGGAGAUGGCAGGCAGGGCUUUCCGCGUUAAAGUACAGCUAGAAGUACACGCGGUAACGUGCCCUGGUGUUUGGUUGUGUCCUAACGGCAAAGUAGCUCUGCGACUCGAUAUUCUCGACUUUUGCGCGGAAACUCGCAGAAUAAGUCCGAUUUUCCCGCUGCUGUUCCAUGACAAGUUCACCUUCAGCAAAAUCUUUGCUCGAAUAGCUUCUUUAGCGGAAUUGCAACGCACUUUGGAACAAGAGUUUCUGUGUGUGGAAUUAAUACAAUGGACGACACCGGCACAUCGUCGAGGCAUCACCCUGGCCACGUUCGAGACGAAUCUGGCAGAUUUACUAUACCCUGCGUCGUGUUUCAAGGGUUUAUUGGCUGGAGUUGAUGUAGAUUUGUUGAUGGAGCCGACCAAAUGCUUUCCUGGUAUCAUAGCGCCCAAAAUCGAAGUCUCCACUAAAACGAUUAUCGAGGAAGUGUCUGGCUCCUAUGACACAAGUAUGAGCAAAUGUUAUGUCGUCAAUCCAAAAAUGAUUAACUCUAAGCAAACGACAUGCGGGCAGAGAAAAAGACCGGUCAAAGGUAUUAUUAGGCAACGAAGAGUCUGCCACACUAAGCCGAGGUCUCAAAGCUGUCGACCAUUUCGUCAGAGAUCUAGCAGUGUUGGCGAUUCUCACCACUGUGAUACUACGAAUCAUGGCAUUAAGUGUUAUCAUUCAAUAAAAAAGGAUUCUCCAUGUAUUCGAAAGCAAGCUGAAGCUGUCAUGAUGUGCGAUGAUAAGAUUCAUGUUACGGACAAUUGUCCGGUUUGUUUAAAAUAUAAUUGUUACUUUUCUAAAUGCUACGAUGAUUCGGACAUAGACAAGAGAUACAUGGACGUUAAGCGUCGAUGUCGCAAACAUUUGUCCGAAACCGGGGAAUGCUGUUGUAUUUGUGAACUGACCAAUGCGCGAGAGGAAGCAACGGUGUCAUUAUUACAAUCUAAAAUCAGAAAUCUGCAGAAAGUUAGAGAAAAAUUGUGCCCUACUGAAACUAUGGAAAUCGAAGAGUGCGAUUCGAAUUGCGAGUAUACUCGGGAUCAUUCUCGAGGUUACGAAUUUUAUAAGGAUCUAGAAAAAUUUUAUAAAAGAAUGUACAAGCAAGCAAAGAUACGAGCGCAAGAAGUCGAUGGUUGAUAUCGAAAAAAAAUCGCUGAUUAAUCUAAUUUUUUCUAGACUUUUAUAUUAUAAAAUUUGAAAACACAGAU